AUGGUCAUGGAAUCUUCGGAGAUCCUGGUGCACGUCGCUGCUCCUAGCACCAUUGCAGACGAUGCUCGCUAUCGUGCGCAGGUCCAGGCCAUUCUCGGCUUCCAGUGUAUCUCCCACCAGAGGAUCUCCCUCAGUGACUAUCAGCAGAACCAGUAUGACUGUACUGAUGCUGGUCAUCUGCCCGAUCAGUCUCUCGCUGCCACCUGCGAAUCCACUUCCUCCUCUCAGCCUCCCCACGUGAUCCCCUCAUAUACGCACACUUUCCCCUCACGAUCAGCGUCGAUUCCCACGUCCCAGAACGAUCCGCCUCCAAAUGGCGCUGAAAAGGACUCCCUUGGUAGUCCACUCAGCGUCAUACCGGAUUCUCAGCCAGAGAGGCUGUCUCCAUGCCAUGAACACUUCUUACCUCCCGCCAAGCGAUAUCGAGUAGACAAUCCAGCUUUAAGUCCACGUCCACACCACUCUUCACCUUCUACACCCCUCCUCCAUGACAAAAAAAAAUCUCCGCCGUUACACGAGACUGAAUAUGAUGACGACGACAACCCUCCCCCAAGCAGUACCAAUCCCAGUACCCUGAAACCCAGCCCGAAGAGAAUCCAUACUACGCACCCACCACCACCAUGCCAAAUAUCCCUCACGAUGCUCCCCCUCGAAAUCAAACCCCCUCCACCGCCCAUCUCAACCGCUCAAUUCGUAUCCCACAUCACACCCACCCUAGCCAUGCUCGCCCGCCGUCUGAAAACUCCCCGAUAUUACACCCCCGUCUAUCAAACCCGAGACCUUGACACCCUCGAGCGAGGAUACUGGCAUCUCCGUUUCGAUAUCCGCGAUUCCGAGGCCGCAUCGUCGUCGCCGCCGUCGACAUUCACGACUCGCAACGACUCCAAGACCUGGGAAAUGGCGCUUUUCAGUCGUUUCUGGUCGUUUUUGUCGGAGUUUAUCGCCAAGGAGGGCCGUGCCGGGUGGGGGGUAUGGUGUAUUCUCGAGGAGGAUGUAGAUGGUCCUCCGUUGCCGCAGAUCAGUCACAGGUUGAAGCUCAGGGUGUAUACGUGGGGAGAGAUCGCUUCCCAUGUCUAUCUGCUCUUGUUUCUAGCUAGUGAGCGUCGAAUACGGAAGAUGGGUGCGCAGUGGUGCGAUGGACGGGAAGAGACGGUCAUUCAAAUGCCGUGA